AUGUCGACCACUAACUCUUCAGUCGGUGUUCCUGCUCCCGCGUGGAUCGCCGUCGACAAAUACACCGAAAAGAGCCUCGACACCUCCGCCCCUCCCUUCGCGCCCACCAAAUCCACCCUAGACGCCGCUCACGCGCACGCGCAGGCCAGCGGCCUCCCCGACAUCGCCGUCACCGCCUCGCAAGGCAAAUUCCUCAUGCUGCUCGCCCGCGCCGCGCGCGCGACGAACAUCCUCGAAGUCGGCACCCUCGGCGCCUUCAGCACCAUCUGGCUGAGCCACAGCGCCGGUGCCGGUGCCAACAAGGCCGACACCAAUGUCGUGACGGUUGAGUUCGACGCGCACCAUGCGAAGAUCGCGCGGGAGAACCUCGAGCGCGCGGGCGUGAGCGACCGGGUCAGCGUGGAGGUGGGCGCGGGGGUCGAGGUGCUCCCGCGGCUGUUGGAGGAGGUGAAGGCGGGGAAGCGGGAGCCGUUUGGGUUCGUGUUCAUCGAUGCGGACAAGCAGAAUAACUGGGAGUAUUUUGAUGUGGCGGUGCAGUUGUCGGUGCCCGGGGGUACGAUCGUGGUGGAUAACGUGGUGCGGCGAGGGAAUUUGGCGGACGAGGAGCUGGGGAAGCAGGAUGAGCGGAUUCGGGGGAGUCGAAAGGUGGUGGAAUUGGCGGGGAAGGACAGUCGGGUGGACGCGGUGGUGUUGCAAACGGUGGGGGAGAAGGGGUAUGAUGGGUUCUUGCUGGCGGUUGUUAGGGGCUGA